AUGGCCGCUAAGUCAGACGGGAGGCUGAAAAUGAAGAAGAGCAGCGACGUGGCGUUCACCCCGCUGCAGAACUCGGACCACUCGGGCUCGGUGCAGGGAUUGGCCCCGGGCUUGCCGUCGGGGUCGGGAGCCGAGGACGAGGAGGCGGCCGGGGGCGGCUGCUGCCCGGACGGCGGCGGCUGCUCGCGCUGCUGCUGCUGCUGCUGCGCCGGGAGCGGCGGCUCGGGCGGCGGCUCCGGGGGCUCGGGCGGCCCGGGCGGCGGCGGCGGCGCGGGCUCGGCGGCGCUGUGCCUGCGCCUGGGCAGGGAGCAGCGGCGCUACUCGCUGUGGGACUGCCUCUGGAUCCUGGCCGCCGUGGCCGUGUACUUCGCGGACGUGGGCACGGACAUCUGGCUCGCCGUGGACUACUACUUGCGCGGCCAGCGCUGGUGGUUCGGGCUCACGCUCUUCUUCGUGGUGCUCGGCUCGCUCUCGGUGCAGGUGUUCAGCUUCCGCUGGUUUGCGCACGAUUUCAGCACCGAGGACAGCGCCACGACCGCGGCCGCGGCCAGCUGCCCGCAGCCUGGAGCCGAUUGCAAGACGGUGGCCAGCGGCGGGUCUGCAGCCGCGGAAGGCGAGGCUCGCCCCUCCACGCCGCAAAGGCAAGCCUCCAACGCCAGCAAGAGCAACAUCGCCGCCACCAACAGCGGCAGCAUCAGCAGCGGGGCCACCCGGGCCAGCGGCAAGCACAGGUCUGCGUCCUGCUCCUUCUGCAUCUGGCUCCUGCAGUCACUCAUCCACAUCUUGCAGCUCGGGCAAAUCUGGAGAUAUUUCCACACAAUAUACUUAGGUAUCCGCAGCCGGCAGAGCGGGGAGAGUGACAGAUGGAGGUUUUACUGGAAGAUGGUGUAUGAGUGCGCAGAUGUGAGUAUGCUGCACUUGCUAGCCACCUUUCUGGAAAGCGCUCCACAGCUGGUGCUGCAGCUCUGCAUAAUCGUACAGACCCAUAGCUUACAGGCCCUCCAAGAGGUGGUUUGUGCUGCGCUGAGUGUGGUGGGUCAAGGGAGCUGCACCCUGGCCACUGCUCCCCUGCAGCGUGGUGUGCAUGCCGUACCAUUCCUAAUCAGGAAUGCAGACCGUGUUAGACACUCCGAAAGAAGAGAUUUAAAUCAGGCUGUCUACUGCAUGGAUGCUGAGAAGCUGAGAGGACAAAAAAAAGCAGAUGUCAUAAAAGUAUGA